GGGAGUGGCGGUGUGAACCUCACCCCGCUCUGUUCUCCCGGGGGCUGAUGAGCGAAGGGGGCGAGGGCCGGGAGUAGGAACCCCUGACGUUGUCGGUCCCCAUUGGUUCUCUCCCGCAGCACAUGUUCAGGGGCAUCUGGAUAAAGACGCCUCUGGCCCCCGUCUGCCUCCUACAUCGUCCUCCAGCCUCCACCUCCUGCGGGACACCUCCUAGCGAGCCGGCACGAUGAGCAUAGACGAUUUUGUAGGCAAGUGGAGCCUCAUCUCCAGCGAAGGCUUUGAGGAGUACAUGAAGGAAUUAGGUGUGGGUGUGGCCCUGAGGAAAAUGGGGAGCAUGGCCAAACCAGAUGUUUACAUCAUCAAGGAUGGAGAUACAAUCACCAUAAAAACAGAAAGCACCUUUAAAUCUUCACAGCUCAGCUUCAAGCUGGGUGAGAAAUGUGAGGAAAAUACAUUAGACGGCAGGAAAGUUCAGACUCUUGUCACCUUAGAUGGUAACACACUGACUCAGCUCCAGGAGUGGGAUGGCAAGGAGUCCACAAUAACACGGAAGAUAGAGGAUGGGAAACUGGUGGUGGAAUGUGACAUGAAUGGUUGCAAGUGUAAGAGAGUCUACCAGAAAGCAUGAGGACGUUGUCUCCAUACUGGGUUGGAGCUUGCUACAAACCAGCUCAGUUUAGCGAACAAAGCUCCUCUACUCUCCAGGUUUUUCCUUUUCCCUGUUUUGUAGUAUUUCAAUGGACUGCACAGCUGUGUGCAAUCAUAUUUCAAAGCGAUGAUGUAACUAUUCUGAACGGUUGUGGCUGUUAAAUAAAAUUCUCAGACAUAUGAAGUGGAGCUGUUGUCAAUAUAGUGGAAUUUUAAAGGUUUUCAUUUUCAAGUGAAGAUUUAUAAAAGCUCAUUAGUUAUGCAGGGGAGCCUAAAAUCAGUAUUAAAUCACAAAUGAUGGGGAUAUCAUCUCACUGGAACAGUUAAGGUAUAGUUAACAGCAAACUGCAUUUUGGUUCAGCUAUUCAUAUUUCAUUGAUGAUAAAGGUAAUAAAAUUGUAUCAAGUGGAACAAUCAUUGUUAUGGUGCAGAAUCUUUCUAACUGCUUUAAGAUAGUGCCUGUUGCAAAAGUAGUAGAGUUGAACUGGUACAAACUGAGAGGAAAACUUCAUCCAUUGUGUUUAAACAGCUGAGCAUAUUUUUAGUUGGUUGCUUUCUGGUGAGAAUCAACACCCCCUAACCCAAAUAGUCAGCUAAAAAGUUAAAAGCCUCAAUUUUACUUGCUCAAAACAUUUGGUAAUGCAGUUUAUAUGCUUACAAGCGCAAUAAUAAAUUAUCACAAAUAUUAA